AGAAACGGGCUGCUGCUGGUGGCGAAGAUGGCGGAUGGGGACAGUGGCAGUGAGCGCGGUGGCAGCAGCGGCGGUGGCGGUGGCGGUGGCGGCGGAGGGGGUGGCGGUGGAGGAGGCGGAGGUGGCAGCGGGUUUCAGCAUUACCAGCGGGAACCGGAGACCCAAGAGCUGGCGUCGAAGCGGCUGGACAUUCAGAACAAACGCUUCUACCUUGACGUGAAGCAGAACGCCAAAGGCCGGUUCAUCAAAAUCGCCGAGGUCGGUGCGGGAGGCUCCAAAAGCCGGCUGACCCUCUCCAUGUCAGUCGCCGCAGAGUUCCGCGACUACCUGGGCGACUUCAUAGAGCACUACGCCCAGCUGGGGCCUAGCACCCCGGAGCAGAUCGCUCAAUCAUCCGGCGGGGAUGACACCGGGCCUCGACGGGCCUUGAAGAGCGAGUUCCUGGUGCGGGAGAACCGUAAGUACUACCUCGAUUUGAAGGAGAACCAGCGCGGGAGGUUCCUCCGCAUCAGGCAGACGGUCAACAGAGGCCCCGGCUUCGGUGUAGGAGUAGGUGGCAUCCCUGGGUCUGGCAUGCAAGCCGGGCAGACCAUCGCACUCCCGGCGCAGGGGUUAAUAGAGUUCCGUGACGCCUUGGCCAAGUUGAUAGACGACUACGGCGGCGACGAGGAGGAUCUGUGCGGUGCAGGAGGAGGAGCAGGAGGCUACAGCGAGCUACCCGAGGGCACCUCCAUUAUGGUGGACUCCAAGCGCUUCUUCUUCGACGUGGGGUCCAACAAGUACGGGGUUUUCUUGCGGGUGAGCGAGGUGAAGCCCAGUUACAGGAACUCUAUCACGAUACCGUUCAAGGCGUGGGGCAAGUUCGGGGGAGCGUUCAGCCGCUACGCCGAGGAGAUGAAGGAGAUCCAGGAGAGGCACCGGGACAAGAUGUACGAGAGGAGAACCGGAGGAGAGGAGUCAGAGGAGGGCGACGACGUGGACGACGACUGAUGGAGGAAGAAGAAGAAGAGAGAAGAGUGGUUACAUGUGUGGUUUGAAGAUGACAACAUGAUGCAAAAAGCCUGGAGAUAAAUACAUAGAAACAAGAGAGAGAUGCAUGAUAUGAUGAAAAGAACUUUUAAAAAUGCUAUUAAAAAAAAAACAGCAGGAGUAAAAUUAUAUAUAUAAAAAAAGUAUAUUUGACUGAAAAUUACUGUCUAUAUAAGAGAAUCAUGUUCUAAAAAGUUUAGGUGGAUUUUAUAGCUAAAAAUUGAGUGCGGACUGCAGUAGUCAGCUCCUGUAUGAGAUUCCCCAUUGAUUUAUAUAUAUAUAUAUAUAUAUGUGUUCCAUUUGAUAACCUCAAACAUGUAGCCCAGCAAAUUAAGUUUGACAGUGCUCAAGACACAGCAGUAGGUCUCCAGUCCCACUUCCGAGCUGAUAUCUAAUUGUAAGAGCUCACUUGGUGCUGACCUGUAGUCUGUGUGAUGAUGAUAAUAAUAAGAAGGAAGUGUGAAACAUGCGACAUACUCAAAAACCAGCAGGUGCGUCAGUGGGAGUGAGACGGAGCGCCUGCAUCACUCACCAUGGCUGUGUGUGUUUUUCGUCUAUAAAAGAUUUUUUAAAAGAGUGACCUGUAAACAAACGGCUUGCCCCAGACAGACCCACAACAACACCCAGAACCUCGGUCUCAGCUAUAGAAGGAGGGGGGGGCAUCCUUGGCAUCGCAGGGCAUCCACUCAGCUCAGCGAUGUCCCACAAGGUGAUCUGUUACAAGCACACGACUCAUUUGGAUUCUCUGGACAAUCCAAAUGAGUCCAAAUGACCUCCCUCUCUCUGCCCUCCCCCCUCCUCCUCAUCCCUUCCUUCCCGUCCCUCCCUCCUGGAGCAUCCCUCAGGUGCUGACCUCCUGCUCCAAUAGCUGAAAUGUGGUGAUGCCUGCUCACACGUGGCAUGUUGUGUCUCAGGGCUUGGCGAGUCCCAUCCGUAAUUUUUUUGGGGGUGUGUGUAUAUCAGCAUCACCUGUGCCUGCACGUCAUUCUUAGAGAGGUUCUGGGUGCAGAUCUGGUCAGCCGCCAGUUGCUGCAGCCGAGACGUCUGUGGCAACUGAUGACGUCUCAAAUGAUGCAGGGCCACGUUUGACCCCCCUGUGACCCUUUUUUUUACUCAAAGGGGAUGCAGUGAGCUCAGGCCUCUCUAAUGGCACUAGUCACAAUUUUUCAAGUUAACGCUUAAUAUUGCCGGGCUUCAAGGGAAUUUACCUUGUUGACUUAUUUAGGGGUGCGCCAUUUGGAUCCUUUAAUCUUGAACUCAGACCAUUAAUGACUGAGGCAAUAUUCAGUCUGAUUGUAAGAAAAAUUAGGUGCUUUGGGAUAACAAAAACCCAAAAAAAUGGGGUGCUGUACCUAAAGGAAAAAAAAAAGAAAUAAAAAUAUAUACUGGAAGAGAUUUACUUACUAAAAAAAAUCAAGUAUAGAUAGAAUUAUUUUUCAAAAGAGAUAUAUUGAAAUAUGUCUUUAGAAAUAUGAGACAUUUAUUAGAUAAUGCUGCCUUAAAGUGGCUUAUUUAAAACACUAAACUUGGAUGCAACUGUCCAGGAUGAUAUUUCAUACCUGCUUUUUUUUUUUUUUUUUCCUAACAUUUCUUUUAUUCCUUUUAGAGGAAAAGUACAACAGCAGAUUGAUAACAAGAGUAUGUUAUAGCAAUUUCUAGAAACAACUUCAUUGAAGUAGUUUUUUUUGUUGUCAGCGAACACUCAGCACUCCAGUUCACUUUACAGAGCAUCGAGUUGUCCCCUCGUUUCAGUCCACCCGUUUUACCAUGUUUUUGUCCAUAAAUUGGCUUUCCAUCAGUUGCCAUACGACGCAAACAUUUAAAAAAGCAUCUGCAAUUAUCUACAUUUUUAGUGCUCCUUUUUAAAAUAAAUAUGAUCUUCUUUUUUUUUGCAUGCCUGCUCUUGCGGAGCUGCCUUGUGUUCUUUUUUCUUUUCUUUAUUUCUUUCUUUUUUUGCAUACUGAUUGCUGUAUGAUGGUAUUUAUCCAUAUUUGAGAAGAGCGGUUUUAAGUUUUAUUUCUGUAUUGCAAUGGAGAAGGAAGAAAAAAAACAAAAAAUUAAAGUUUACUUCUACAUAACGAUGAUGAUGAUGAUAGAUUAAAAAACAACAAAAAAAGCCACAAAAGUUCCCACGCUUCUUUUGGGGGGAAAAUGUCACUUUCAUUGUCCCACUUCCCUUUUUGGUGUGUAAAACCUCUCGUUGAAUUUUUAUUUUUACCCACUUCAACACAGCACAGAAAUGCCAUAUGAAAAAAAUAAAAUAAUGAACACCUGGGAGCAAUAGUUUUUUUUUUCUUUUCUAUUGAUAUAAAUAUACUAUAUAUAUAUAUAAUAUUACACAUGAGAUUGAACUACAUCCUUCUUCCUGUACUGUGUUACGUGAAAUGGCAGCUGUUUCAGUCAUGUGUGUUCUGCUGUAAUAUUCUACCAAGUUCCUUUCAACGAGAAAUAAAAAAGGUUUUUGCUCAGGA